UCCUUUUUGGCUGUUGUUUCGUGUGUUGACCAAUAAAUUUUUCGUACGCAGCAUAUUUUUUUUGACACUUCUCAAUUAUAAAACAACUAAAUACGUAUUUAAAAGGCAUAAAACGCUUGCGGUGCUGGCACAGCGAAUAAGAUUCGGCGAUACACGCAAUAACAUUGCAUGCAACUAGCGCAGAACUUGCACUUACUUAAAGAAACACGAUAGUAGAAAAACAGGCAAAGGCGACUCCGACCGACACUGAAACGUGAAUGUGAAUGUAAAUGUGAAAGCGAAUCCGCGGCAAGGAAGUGCAACAAAAUACAACAAAGCAAAGCCAGCAGAGCAAAACAGAUGUUAUAAACAACAAAAACCAGCAAAAAAAAAAGAAUUAGGUGCAGUUUUAAUGCAAAUUAUAUACAAAAAUACGUUAGCAUCAGUUGUGUAAACAAUUACAAAUAGACAACAGCAAGGGUCAAUCACUACAAGAACAACAGCAACAACAACAGCAGCAGCAGCGGUCACAACAACAGCAUUGAAAGCAUAUUUGCAUUUGCUUUUAAUUGCAAUACUCCGAAUCAUAUACCACACACAAACACACACACACACACACAUACAUACAUACCCACCCACAUAUAUUUUAUAUAUAAUAUAUAUAAAUCGUUUGUUGUCAAUAUCAUAUCGGAAGUUGUUCGAGUUGCAGCGACAAUUAAAAAUGGCCGCUGCCUCCUCCGCCGCCGUAGUAAAUGCAGUAAACGACUGUUUCAGUAUCGGAUCCACAGUGCUGUGCACGACCUGUUUUAAGGAUGAAGUCGAGGGAGAAGUGCUCGCAUUCGACCAUAACACAAAAAUGCUAAUAUUGAAAUGUCACUCGAAAAUGACAGAAGAGCUAAGUGACGUUUAUGUGAUGAAUUUAUCGCUGUGCAGUAACGUGCAAGUGAUCAAGGAAUGCAAUGGCAACUUUAUUGAUGAUCCGCAAAAGCUCAACCUUGAACAGGUUAAAAUGCGACUACGCAAAACAGUAGAGAGACGGCAAGAUUUUCUCAAGUCCAAAAAUGCCGAUGUUAGUCCAGAAGCACAAGAGCUCUAUAGAGCGAUAGCCAAACAACUUGGGUACAAUGAAGUGUCCUGGCAAGGACAGAAUAUACAAAUAUUAAACGAAGUAACCGUCUCGCCGCCAUAUCGGGUGGACAAUGUUGUGUCCAGUUCUGAUAACGAUACUUCGUGCAACUAUAUUAAACGAAUUAUCAAACAGUUCUUCAAUACGAGACCUUCGCCGUCUCAGGAAAAUACGCAUGCUGGAGCCAGCGCUUCGUCGGCUUCGACGUCUGUCUCGCCCACGUCCUCAUCUCUGUCAUCGAGUAAUGCAGCUUCAGGAUCACCGGUUCCCGCUAACUAAAAAUAAAACAAACAAAACAAAUAUUUGCUUCAGAAAUGAA